AUGCGUGUCACUACAAGCAUUGCCGUCCUCACUGCGGGCCUCGCCAACCUGGCUGCAUCGCAGAGCUUCGACAACUACGACCGCUGUGCUGACGCCAUCUUCGCCGACCCAAACCUCGGCACCUGCGCCUCCAACCCCGGAACCUCCGCUCUAGUCUGCUUCUGCACCUCCGAUAUCACAGGCCACAAUCUCACCGACGCGACUAUUGCCUUGUGUGCUCGUAACCACUUCCCCGUCGAAUCCCUCAAAACCCUAAUCUGCAACCCCAACACCCAUAUCUCAACCUCAGACCGCAAACACAGCAGCAGCCCCAUGGUCCGCCUCGCCAACGACGCGCACCAAGCUCGCGCCCUGCCCGAAUCAUCCACUACCACUGGCACCGACACCAACGCCGACACCGAAACCACCCACGAAACCGCCCACAGCCGCAAGCUGCGACUGCCAGUCGACACCAGGCCCAGCCGUAGCAACAGCCUCAGCAGCAGCAGUCGAUCCAAGCCACGCCCCAGCGGCGUCUCGCCACAGCAUGGCUCCGCCGCGGUCCAAAGCAGCAGCGGCGGCGGCGAUAUCCUGGCCCAUGCGACGCCGUCGACGAGCGCUACUGGUGCGAGCGGGUCUGAGAAGGUGGUGGCGACUUCGUCGGCGAUUAUGCCGAGUGGGACGGAUAGUAGUGAUGGGGAGGGGGAGCAGCAUGGGAUUUUGUUUCAGGGGGGUGCUGAGAGAGGGGUGAGGUUGUCGGUUGGGGCGGUUGUCGGGGGGUUGGUUGUUGGUGUUUUGGGGGUUAUGGUUUAG